AUGAUUAUUUCAUGGUUUGAUACGGAGGUUAAACUGACCGCUGGAAACUUCAUCAACAUGUCAUCCAUGUAUACAUAUUUGGUAAUGUAUUCUUAAUUCACUUAUUCAAAAUUUAUACUACUGACUUUAGCAAGGAUCACUUGCAAUUGCGGAUAGUUACUCGUAUUUCAAUAUGUUCCGUCACACAAUCAUGUUGUACAUUGCACGUGUGUCAAACGUAUAUUGAUAUACACCAUGAGUACUAAACUUCUCAUACUACAUAAGUUCUCAACUGAAACAAAUUGAAACUGUAAAAGUACUUAUUCCUUUCAUUCUAUUCACGUAUUGUGUAAUUCAAAUGCAACAGAAUAUAUGUUAAUUAUUCGAACAUGCACUUUAUAUCAUCAAACUUUUAUAUAAUAUAUUGAAAACCGAUGUAACAUGUUAUAUAAAUUAUUAAAAUAUGUUAUACUAAAAACUACGAUGAAAACUAGUAAUACUUAUAUAAUACUAUAAAGUAAUACUAUAUAAUACCAAAAAGCAUUCUCGUGAUAAAUCUUUAAAUAUUUUCCGUCACACGAUACCAAAAAAAAAAGUGUAAGGAUUAAUGACAGUAUUUGCAACAAAAAAAAGAAGGAAAAACUCUGUUGCAUAGAGAAACGAAACAUUUGUAGCACUAACAUGUGUUCGUACUCACGGCUUCAUCAUGCACGCAUGCACACCCUUCCAUGCAUCGAAUCAACUGGUGGUUGGGAAGAAACUUUAA